AUCCCUUUGAGCGUUAUUUUAGCCUCGAGCCAGGGCGUAGAGAUGUGUUUUGUGGUGGAAAGUGGAAGCAGGCGGAGAGUCCGGAACUUAGUCGCUGGAUAGCGACGCUACAAAGCUUGGCAUAUGACCGCGACAGCAUGCAACCUAGCACCCUGACCUCAGUGACCUGACCUGACCUGCAACUAAUAAAAAGGCCCAUCCGAUAUGUUCCCGUUUUCUUUUAGCAUCAACAAUGCGACUCAGCAGCGCAUUCGGAAUCCUCGGUCUCGCUUGUGAGGGAAUUCAACUUGGUUCUGGAAAGUAUCUCGUUCCCGGAGGGCGUUGGCGCGACACGGAGGGGAAUGUAAUCACUGCCCAUGCUGGAGGUAUCACGAGGGAGGAAAAGACAGGGAGGUUCUUCUGGUUUGGGGAGAAAAAGGUCGAAGGUCAUGUUGAAGGUGCAGGAGUGAAUGUCUAUAGUAGCGAUGACCUGGUGACUUGGGAAUAUAAUGGCCUUGCACUAGCGCCCAUCGAAGGACACCCGUAUCUCUCUCCGGAUCACAUUAUUCAACGGCCCAAGGUUGUCUAUAGCAUAGAGUCUGGGUUGUAUAAUAUGUGGUGGCAUGCAGACAAUGCUAGUUUUGGGUUGCUGCUUCAAGGCGUCGCUACUUCUCCCAAUAUCACAGGACCCUAUACGUUUAUCGAUGCUUUCUCACCGCUCGGGAACUGGAGCCAAGAUUACGGAAUGUUUACCGACCGCAAAAAUGGGGAAACUUACUCGCUGUACUCGAACGGCGACUCUGUCCUGGGAAGGGAUGAUAUCAUCGCACGAAUGAAUAAUGAGAGGAAUAAUCUAACAGAGGUUGUCUACACGUUUACCAAUUUCGAUCUCGAGGCACCGACAAUUGUCCAGACAGAAAAGUCUUACUAUGCACUUAUGAGCCAUAAGACGGGAUACCGUCUGAAUGAUGUCGUCGCAUUCCGUGCUGAAAACCUCAGCGGACCAUGGUCUCAACCUUUCCCCGUCGCACCUCUCGGUACCCGGACUUACAGUUCCCAAUCUGGUUUCACUCUGACGGUUGUGGGCGACAAGCAAACAACACAUCUCUACAUUGGGGACCAGUGGGAUGCAAACUCUCUUUGGGAAAGCCGGUACAUCUGGCUACCUAUGGACAUCGACGACGAAAAGGGUGAGCUGAAGCUCGUGUGGAAUGAUGUUUAUGAAUUAGACAUACAUACGGGCGAAUGGAGGGUCCCGGAAGGAACUGUGUAUUAUGGGAAAAAUGCAAAAGUAAACGGAAACGCGUUCAAACAGGAAGCUAACUUUGCCAGUCUUAACACUAUUGUCACGGGUAUAUAUGGAAACGAAAGCACUGUUACUUUUGAAGGCGUCGAAGGGACCGGUAAACCGCAAUGGGUGUCUUUCUAUUACCAAAAUAUUGACGAUAUGGGCUUCGGCGACCAACCCGGCGGUAGUCCUGACCGCAUUGGUGGAAAGUUUGCAUUGAGAAGGAUCUCGUCAGUCGUAGUGAACGGGAAGAUUGAGAAUCUCGAUACCCUUUACCAAUGGGACACAAACAAAGGAGUCAUACAUUCCGCUCCGCUUCUUCUCACCCUUGACGAGGGCAGCAACAAUACGAUUACCAUCGGUGGAUUGAAUAACGGGAUCGAUUUCAAGGGUGCCGACAUCGAUAGAAUUGUGGUUUAUCCUCCAGAACAGUGAAUACUCUGUGCAUGUACCUUUUGAUCGACCCUCUCGCUUUGAUACCUGGGUGAAAACGGUCGGCGAUCUUCCGGACCGAAGACCGUGCUUUGCCCUGCUUUGCCCUUGGGAGUCACGAUGUUUUGCGAGUAUGUACAGUAGUUAGUAUCAUAAUAAGUUUACUUCCCGCUUGCGACGCCUCGCACAGCAGUCGACUGCUCUCCCUUUCUUUCCUCCAGGUAAAAAUUUCUAUCAGUUUCUCUGACGAUAAUGCAC